AUGUCCCUCCAGCGCAUCAUCCACCUGUCCCUGGACAGCCCCACCCACGCCACCUGCAUGCUGGAUGUGGAGUUCUCCCUGGAUCUCCAUGGGUGCGCCCCAAGGACAUGCACGUCCUUCACCGUCACGGGCUCCCUGGGGGUCCUGGUGGAUGUUUACCACCGCGCUCCGGGCACACCCAGGGAGGACGCCGACAUGGCCCGCUGGCCCCUGUCUGAUCCCGUGGAUGUGCUAGUGAAGAUGGUAUCCGCCAGCCCUGACGUCCAGGAGAACAAGGUUCUGGUCUCCUACUAUCAGCCCGACGUGGAACCCCCCGUGGCCACUGGAGUGCUCUACCUGACGGGCAUCGGGGUCUCUCUGGACGUGGACAUCUACCGCUGUGGGCAAGUUCAGCUGGUGAGCGACACAGAGGCAAAGAAAAACUGGGUGUGGGGCCCCAACGGUUGGGGUGCCAUCCUGCUUGUGAACUGUAGCCCCGAGGAGGCGGGCCACCCCGUAGACACCACCACAAAGGAGCUCUCCUCGGAGGAAAUAAAGCGUCUGUCCCCGAUGACAGUGACCGUUCAAGGACCCAGCUGCUUCUUAAAGGGACACCGGCUGCUCCUGCACACCUCCGAGGGCGAGGCGGAGAAGGCGAGAGUCUACCGGGCCCUGCAAGACCGCUCCAGCACCUUCCAGGUGAUGCUGGGGCCUGGCCAGCACACGUACACCUUCCCCGCGCUGGAGGAUCACCUGAAGGAGGGCCAGCUGAAGGAGACCUUCUAUGUUGAAGCUAUGGAGUUCCCGUCCGCUGACUUCUCAGGCCUGAUUUCCUACUCUGUCUCCCUGCUGGAAGAGUCCCAAGACCCGUCCAUCCCAGAGACGCUGGUGUACAAAGAUACGGUAGUGUUCCGGGUAGCUCCCUGCAUCUUCACUCCCAGCACCCAGAUGCCGCUAGAGGUGUACCUGUGCAGAGAGCUGCAGCUCCAGGGCUUCGUCCACUCGGUGAUGGAGCUGAGCGAGAGGAGCAACAGCCAGGUGGCAUCUGUCUACGAGGACACCAACCGCUUGGGCAGGUGGCUCCAGGACGAGAUGGCCUUCUGCUACACCCAGGCCCCCCACAAGACGAUUUCCUUCCUUCUCGACACCCCUCGGGUCCUCAAACUGGAAGACUUCCCCAUGAAAUACUCGCUGAGCCCUGGAGUUGGCUACGUGACCCGGCGCACCAGUGACCACAGGGUGGCCAGCAUGGACUCCAUCGGGAACCUGAUGGUGUCCCCACCUGUCAAGGUGAAGGGGAAGGAGUACCCCCUCGGCAGGAUCCUGGUUGGCAGCAGCUUCUACCCCAGCAAGGAGGGCCGAGACAUGAGCAAGGCCCUGCGGAGCUUCCUGGACGCCCAGCGGGUGCAGGCGCCGGUCGAGCUCUUCUCCGACUGGCUCAUGGUGGGCCACGUGGGCGAGUUCCUGUGCUUCCUCCCCACGCGGGACCAGCGUGAGGACGAGAAGGGCUUCCGGCUGCUCCUGGCCAGCCCCAGUGCUUGCUACAAGCUGUUCCGGGAGAAGCAGGAGGAGGGCUACGGCGACAUGGUCCUGUUCGAGGAGGUCCGCCACGACCAGCUCCUUUCCAACGGGAGGGAGGCCUACACCAUCAAUCAGCUUCUGGCUGACGAAGACAUGAGAAAGCAGAACGACUAUGUGGAGAAGUGCAUCGGCCUGAACCGGGAGGUGCUGAAGCGGGAGCUGGGCCUGCUGGAGAGAGACAUCAUCGACAUCCCGCAGCUCUUCUGCUUGGAGCAGCUGACCAACGUGCCCUCCAGCCAGCAGACCGGGAAGCUCUUCGCCAGACCCUACUUCCCCAACCUGAUGCAGAUGGUCGUGUUGGACAGGAACCUGGGCAUCCCCAAGCCAUUUGGGCCCCAGAUCAAGGGUGCCUGCUGCCUGGAGGACAAGAUCUGCCAGCUGCUGGAGCCCCUGGACUUCAAAUGUACCUUCAUUGACGACUUCGACUGUUACCUGACCGACAUCGGGGACUUCUGCGCCUGCGCCAACGUGCGCCGGGUGCCCUUCGCUUUCAAGUGGUGGCAGAUGGUGCCUUAG